AUGGGGUUCUGGAACGACGACAUCCGCGACUCCGGUCGGAGUCGCAGCCCAUCUCGGAAGACACACUAUUAUGCCUCUCGUCCGUCGUAUUCUCGCAGCGCUUCCUCCUUCUUCUCCCUUGGUGCCGGUGGUUCCUCGUCUCGAGGCCACGCCCGCGCCCGCCCUCGAUCCGGCUUCAUCAACCGCAUCCGUCGCUUCCUGCGCGAGAUAUACUCGUACCUGCGCCGCCAUCCGGUCAAGGUCUUCUUGCUGGUCAUCAUGCCCUUGAUCACCGGCGGCGCUUUGAGCAAGCUUCUCUCCCGCCUCGGCGUCAGAUUGCCUCGUGGGUUGGAGAAUCUCGUAGGCGGAGGCGCAUCUCGCCAGCAAACUGAGAGAUACUAUGCCCGUGGAGGAGCUCGCGAUUUUGCCGGCGGGACCUCAAUGCCGGGGAUGGCGGGCGGCGUGGGUCAGAGUAUAUCAUCGUUAGUGGGCAUUGCGCAGAGGUUUUUGUGA